CUAUACUUCAAAUUUAAAAUGAACGUUUAUUUCAGUUCGAUUUGCACUGCGACACUGAAGUAUACAGUUACUUGGCCACAUCUUCAGUUUUUAUCAGCUGGGCAUUUGGAGCAGUCGUUCUUGGUUGGGCGUCAGAUAGGUAUGGUAGAAGAAUCAAUAUGCUGAUAUCGACAACUUUUAUCCUUUUGUUUGGGUUCAUCAGCUCGUUCUCUCCAAGUAUUUGGUUCUACAUUUUUGCACGAGCAGUGUUUGGGUUCUUCAUACCAGGAACUUUUAUACAGUCAAUCGUUCUAAUUUCAGAAUUUGUAGGCCCAAAAUGGCGUCCAUUUGCGGGUAUAGCAAUUUGGCUAAUAUCUGCAGUAAGCGUUGUCAUCCUUGGUGUUAUAGCCUUCUUCGUUCAGACGUGGAAAACACUGAUGAUAGUCAUCACAGCUCCAUAUUUUUUCAUCUUGCUGUUUUUUUUGGCCAUUCCCGAAUCAGCUAGAUGGCUUCACGUGAAUGGAAGAAAUGACGAGGCUCUUGCAAUCUUUCGAAAGAUCGCUAAGUGUAAUGGAAAAGAGCUACCAGAAGUUCAACUAAAGAAGAUUGAAGACAACUGUUCCAGCGGAAUAAAACAUUAUCUUCACCUAUUCAAGCCUGCAAAAAUCGCAGUAAGGAGCUUACUCCAAGGAUAUACAUGGAUGGUGUGUGGCUUGGUGUUCUUUGGAGUUUCAUUUGGCGCCGGUGACUUGAGCGGCCACAUACACAGGGACUACAUCAUUACCAGCUUAUUCGACAUACCAGCUGCUGUUCUUGCAAUAUACCUUUGCAACAAAAUUGGAAGAAAGAAGACAGUAAUUAUUUCCAUGUUUAUUGCCGGAAUAUCCUGCAUCGCUGUCUCCUUGAUUCCAAAAAAGUCAGGGAGCAAACCAUCGGAACUUGUUGGUCUUCGAGUUUUCUUUGGAGUGCUUGGAAGGUUUUGCAUCACGUUGUCACAUGAUUCCAUUUACAUAUGGUCGACCGAAAUGUACCCGACUUGCGUAAGGAGUGCAGCCAUGGGCUACUUGCAAAUCUUUGCCCAUAUUGGUUCUUCACUAGCACCUUGGGUGGCAAAAUGGCUCGUCGCCUUCCACGUGGUUCUGCCGUUUUCAAUAAUGGGCGGUUUAGCUGUCAUAAGUGCGAUUUUGUUGUUGAGGCUGCCUGAGACGGCUAAUAAGGAAACACUGGAAACACUUGCUGAUCAAUUUGAAAUGAAGGGUAGUCACGUAAAGGAGGUAGAUCUAAAAGAAGAGAAGGAAAACGUUAAUGAGAUAAAAGACCUAACUGCAUGAUAUUUCCCACCCUCCAUCAGCAAGGAGGAGCAAAAUACUGCUCCUGUACUCGAAGUUCCUGAUCUUUAGAUUUUUUGAUCGAAUUGUAGUACUCAAAGUUCCUUAAUAGUUUCUUAAUUUACGAAAAGUGCUCAUCCUCCAUUACAAUUCUGUGUUAGUGUCGCUAGAUUCUUAACUGUAGAUGGCAAAUAAGGUGAAAAACGGAUAAUAAACUAGAAAGACGUUUCAUGUAUGAAAAGUGGAAACUCGGUCAAGAAAAAAUGUAAAACUCGAAAUUACACAAUGAAACCUUCGAUCGCUACCAUCUUUACACAAAAAUGGAUGGAAACGGCUUCCUAACUUGAUUGUUUGCAAGAAUAAAAAAUUCCAAAGGUGAGAAGCUCCUUAAGGUGUUUGUUCUUAAAACAAAAGGUUCUUUAGUUUUUUCUGCCUACUACAUGCAGGUUUUUUAUAAAGAAGUUCCUUAUAAAAAGAGUGCAAGUUGCAUGAAAGUUUAGUACAUUAAUUUACUUUAAAUGAAGCAUUACGAUGGCACAAUGCUGAUCACCAAGUCAAAUGAAAACUUGGUAAAACUUCUAAC